UGAAGUUAGUUUUAGAAAACACGUGAAGAAGCAAAGUAUAAAAUUGAUUCCUUCGAAGUAACUUUGAAUUUUCUCCACAAUGACUUAACCUAAAAUAAACAACAAAUCUUUUAUUUUUGUUUUUGAUUGGAAUAUUUCCAAUGUUUGAGAUAAACGCAUUGUAUUAUAUUUAUAAAGGGUGCAAAUAAUUGAGAAAUGAUUGUAUUUAAUCAAUGUAUAAACAAUGAACAUAGGGUGAUUUGUUAUAAUUGAAAAUAAAACAUGAGUUCCUUUGAAAGUGAAAACGUUGAAGGGAACAUAAAAUAACCAAAAAUGAUGAACAAAGCUUUUUCUCAAUCUUGCAUCACGUUGCAAAAGCGUCGAAUUAAUACUGCACUACGAAUACGUCUCAUAAUCUUUUUGGGGACUGUUGGAAUAUUUUCAAUUGUUUUUACUAUCGGUUCUGGAAAUAUAGAUAGCUUUAACCAAAUUCGAAAUGGUCGAAAUCUUCUAGGCGUCCCAAAUAAUCUCUUAAUCACACCAGCUCUGACAAAAUCUAAACUUCCUCCCGUUGAAUCAUUUGCUAUAAAAGGACCGGCUUACGAUGAAAAAGAUACAGUUGUCAUUUUGUCUGAAGACAUCUUUGCACCACCAGCUAAUUGUACAAAACCCGCAAUCAAUGAAUUUCCAUCGGAUGGUUUUACAAGAACGCAACGUAAAAAUGGCUGUAUCCUGAUUCAUAUCCUCUUGGUUUGCUACUGCUUCUGGUUUCUUGCAGGAAUUUGUGAUGAUUACUUCGUGCCAGCUAUUGAGCAGAUGUGUUUAAGACUUAAUAUGCAAGAAGAUAUAGUGGGUGCAACUUUUAUGGCUGCUGCUACUUCCAGUCCAGAACUUUUCAUUAAUUGCGUGGGAACUUUUAUCACAAAAGGAGAUAUAGGUGUUGGGACUAUAGUAGGGUCAGCGGUGUUUAAUAUUCUUGCGGUUCCAGCAUGUUGUGGUAUUUUUGCUGGACAGAUGAUCAAUUUAGAUUGGUGGCCAAUAACAAGGGAUUCUAUAAUGUAUUGUGUGGCAGUAUUGGGUUUGAUUUGUACACUUUAUGAUGGCAUCGUAAUGUGGUAUGAAGCCUUAUUUUUAGUAUUAGCAUAUUUCUUCUAUAUAUCCGCUAUGUACUGGAAUGAUGUAAUGGCGAGGAAAGCGAGAAAACUGAUCUCAAAAGUAAAAAGAAAAUCAAGAGUUCGUCCAUUUCGACAAGUUAACGAAAUAAGUCCACUUCUCCGAACUGUGGUAGAAGAGAAAAUACAGCCUGUCACAUCGCACCAUGUUGGAUAUUGUAACAUCGAGAACAGUGAUAAAAAUUCGGCAAUGACUGAUAGCGUGUGCAGUGCCGAAAGUGAUUUCGCUGAUGACCCAUGGAAUAAGCGUGGUUCUUCUUCGUUCGUUUAUCUUCUGAGGUGGCCUAUGACUUUUUUGCUAUGGUUAACAGUCCCUGAUAGUAAACGCCAUCCAUCAUGGCGUUUUGUUACAUUUGCAAUGGCUAUAGUUUGGAUAGCAAUUAUAUCUUACUUCAUUGCCUAUCUAAUCACAAUUGUAGGAGAUACCCUCAAUAUUCCCGACUCCGUCAUGGGUCUUACAAUUCUAGCUGCCGGUAUGAGCGUACCCGAGGCUGUUUCUAGUGUCAUUGUAACAAAUCAAGGACACGGUCAAAUGGGCAUCAGUAAUUCUAUUGGCUCGAACACAUUCGAUAUUUUGCUAUGUUUGGGAGUGCCUUGGUUUGUUAAAGCGUUUUUUGUUCCGACAGUACCUAAUGAACAUUUUGUUGUACUAAAUUCAUCUGGAUUAACAUAUUCUGCUAUUUCACUAUUGACAACACUUUUUGGACUAUACAUCGCAUUUGCUGCAAAUAAAUUUCGUUUAGAUUGGAAAAUUGGUAUAGCAUGCACAGUUAUGUACGUUGGAUUUUUAAUUUUAGCAUCAAUGAUUGAGCUUAAUUUAUUUUUUAAUGUCAAUUUACCAAUAUGUGAACAUUAAGCAAUAAACUUUAAUUUAUUUAUGUAUGCUUUUCAUAGCUCUA